CACAAGCCUUUUGCCGAAAUCAUCUUGGCGCCCAACUAAAUUCUUUUGAAUAUAUCAUCUCCCUCCCUUUUCUUUUCUCCCUUGCUCUUCUCUCGUUCCUCUCUCGCUCCCUCGCUCUUUCUCUUUACCGAGCUAAGGAGAUUCCUGGCGAUGGAGCAACAAAGGCACCAGAAGAUGGUUCAGCAACAGCAACAGCAACAGCAACAGCAACAGCAACAUGAGGAAGUUGAGGAGAUGCAGCAUGGCCCUUUCCCAGUUGAGCAGCUCCAGGAGUCAGGAAUUGCUGCCCUUGACAUAAAAAAGCUUAAAGAUGCUGGUCUCUGCACAGUUGAGUCUGUUGUAUAUUCUCCUCGGAAAGAGCUUUUGCAAAUUAAAGGAAUCAGUGAAGCCAAAGUAGAUAAAAUCAUUGAAGCAGCUUCCAAACUGGUGCCUUUGGGUUUUACUAGUGCUAGCCAACUUCACGCUCAGAGGUUGGAGAUAAUUCAGAUAACAUCUGGAUCAAGAGAACUUGACAAAAUUUUGGAAGGAGGAAUUGAGACAGGAUCUAUUACUGAGAUAUAUGGUGAGUUUCGCUCUGGCAAGACUCAACUGUGCCACACACUCUGUGUCACUUGCCAACUACCAUUAGAUCAAGGGGGUGGUGAGGGAAAAGCAAUGUACAUUGAUGCUGAGGGAACAUUCAGGCCGCAGAGACUGUUACAAAUCGCAGACAGAUUUGGACUAAAUGGUGCUGAUGUUUUGGAGAAUGUGGCCUAUGCUCGUGCAUAUAACACUGAUCACCAAUCAAGGCUUUUGCUUGAAGCAGCUUCUAUGAUGGUGGAAACCAGGUUUGCCCUUAUGAUAGUAGACAGCGCUACUGCCUUAUACAGAACAGAUUUCUCUGGAAGGGGUGAAUUGUCUGCUCGACAAAUGCACCUUGCUAAAUUCCUCAGAAGCCUUCAGAAGUUGGCAGAUGAGUUUGGUGUGGCUGUGGUAAUCACAAACCAAGUAGUUGCACAAGUAGAUGGGUCUGCUAUUUUUGCUGGGCCUCAAAUCAAGCCAAUCGGCGGUAAUAUUAUGGCUCAUGCUUCUACCACAAGGCUUGCUCUAAGGAAGGGAAGAAGGGAGGAGCGUAUCUGUAAAGUGAUAAGUUCACCUUGUUUAGCUGAAGCUGAAGCAAGAUUUCAAAUUUCUGCUGAAGGGGUAACUGAUGUUAAGGACUAAUCCCCAAACAUUUUGUGUUCAUAUUAGCACCACCAUGUAUUCUCCACUUGUAUCUAUUUCUUGAUCUGCAUGCAAGAGAUGUCAUCCUCUUGUAAUUUUGUUUUUUUUUUUGGUUUAAAAUAGACUAUUGAAUUUUGAAGAGCUAUAUUGAUAAAGGGGUGUUUGGUUUACCA